AUGGAAUCAGACCCACGCCGGAUACACGCUCGAGUCAUCAAAACCUACAACGCCGGCACCUCCGAGUUCCGUUUCCAGCUCAACAAUCUCAUAACUCUCUACAUAAACUCUCACCUCCUCCCCAACGCCGUUCGUCUUUUCCAACAAAUCAAAUCCCCCAAUGUCGUCUCAUGGACAACCUUCAUCUCCGGCCACUCCAACACUCCCGCCGCUCUCAGCCACUUUGUCUCCAUGCUCCGUCACCCCACCCUCCCCAACCAGCGCACAUUAGCAAUUGUUCUCAAAACCUGCGCUUCUCUCCCUGCUCUUUCCUUUGGCCUCCAGCUUCAUGCUCUCUCUAUCAAACUCUCACUUACAAUCGAACCCUUUACCGCCUCAGCCCUUAUCCAUUUUUACUCGAAAACCCAUCUUCCCAAUAACGCCCAAAAAGUGUUCGACGAAAUUCCUGACAGAGACGCGGUUUGUUUUUCAUCUGUAAUCGUCGGGCUCGCCCAGAAUUCAAAACCCAUCGAUGCUUUAUCUUAUUUUGCUGAAAUGAGAGCUUCUGGGUUCGACUCCACCGACUACAGCGUCUCUGCUGCAUUGCGUGCGUCAGCAGAACUAGCCGCCUUAGAACAAUCUAAGAUGAUUCAUACCCAUUCUGUUGUCACCGGCCUUGAUUCAAAUGUGAUUGUCGGAACUGCUUUGGUAGAUGGAUACGGGAAAUGUGGAAUGGUAAACGAUGCACGUUUGGUGUUCAAUGAACUUGUUUCAGUCUUGAAUCUCAUAGGGUGGAAUGCAAUGAUGUCAAGCUACGCACAACAAGGGGACAAGGAUUCAGUCAUGGAACUCUUUUCAUCAAUGGAGCAUCAUCAAGGUCUUGUACCCGAUCAAUACACUUUUCUCUCUAUCAUGACAGCAUUUUGCAAUGCGGGUUUGGUUGAUGAAACAGAACGAUGGUUCAGAAAGAUGGAAUCAGAAUACAAAUUGGAACCAUGGAUUGAACAUUACACAUGUUUGGUAGGUGCAAUGGGUAGAUCUGGGAGGUUACAGGAAGCUAAAAAGAUUGCUUUAACAAUGCAAAAUCAUAAACCCGAUGCUGCAAUGUGGAGGGCAUUGUUGUCCACUAGUGCACACCAUGGUGAUAUAGAAAUGGUCAAAGAAAUGAGUCAAAGGCUACAAGAAAUUGACCCACAAGACGAUUCUGCUUAUGUGAUUGCUGCAAAUGCCUUUUCUAGUGUUGGAAAGUUGGAAGAAGUGAAAACAGUGAGAAAAUUGAUGAGAGAAAGGAGAGUGAAAAAGGAAGGUGGGUUGAGUUGGAUAGAAGUUUGUGGUCAAGUUCAUGUCUUUUUAGCAGGAGAUCGUAGACAUGAACAGACAAAUGAAAUUUACAGAAAGUUAUGGGAGUUAAUGGAGAAGAUAGUGAAGUUAGGGUAUGUGCCUGUUUGGGAUGACAUGUUGCAUGAGGUAGGGAAAGAGGAGAAGAUUGAAGCACUUUGGAAUCAUAGUGAGAAAUUGGCGUUGGCGUUUGGAUUGGUUGCUGACGUGGGGCCACGUGGAAAGGCGUUGAGGAUUGUUAAGAAUCUAAGGAUUUGUAGGGAUUGUCAUGAGGCGUUUAAGUAUAUUAGUAGAGUGGUGGAGAGGGAGAUUAUAGUGAGGGAUGUUAAUAGAUACCAUAGGUUUUUUGAUGGUGGUUGUAACUGUGGAGAUCAUUGGUGA